AGAAUCGGGCAUGCGCAAAGGAGUCCUCCGCGCUCGACCGCGCUCAUAAGAGAAACAGCGUGUGUGGUUCUUGACGUGCCGCGAACCUUCGAACACCAGCGCUGUACCACCCUGUGAGGAAGCGUUCCAGCGACUCUCCUGUUCCCACCACCUGAGUUACCAGCGCGACGUGCUGUUUCGCCCCAGACUCGAUGCCCGUCACAGGCUCGUCCCAUGGCCCUCGUUUCUGCUGAUUCCCGAAUUGCAGAGCUUCUCACAGAGCUCCAUCAGCUGAUCAAGCAAACCCAGGAAGAGCGUUCGAGGAGCGAGCACAACUUGGUGAACAUCCAGAAAACCCAUGAGCGAAUGCAGACUGAGAACAAGAUCUCUCCUUAUUACCGGACAAAGCUGCGUGGUCUCUACACAACUGCCAAGGCCGAUGCGGAGGCUGAGUGCAACAUCCUCCGCAAAGCGCUGGAUAAGAUAGCUGAGAUCAAGUCUCUGUUGGAAGAGAGGCGGAUCGCGGCCAAGAUCGCAGGUCUCUACAAUGACUCGGCCCCACGGAAGACCAUGCGCAGAGGGGUGCUGAUGACGCUGCUGCAGCAGUCAGCCAUGACCCUGCCCCUCUGGAUCGGGAAGCCUGGUGACAAGCCCCCACCGCUCUGUGGAGCCAUUCCAGCCUCAGGGGACUAUGUGGCCAAACCUGGAGACAAGGUGGCUGCUAGAGUGAAGGCUGUGGAUGGGGAUGAGCAGUGGAUCCUAGCUGAAGUAGUCAGUUACAGCCAUGCUACCAACAAGUAUGAGGUAGACGACAUCGAUGAAGAAGGGAAAGAGAGACACACCCUGAGCCGGCGGCGCAUCAUCCCACUGCAGUGGAAAGCUAACCCUGAGACAGACCCCGAGGCCUUGUUUCAGAAGGAGCAGCUGGUGCUGGCCCUGUAUCCCCAGACCACCUGCUUCUACCGUGCCCUGAUCCACACCCCCCCACAGCGGCCUCAGGAUGACUACUCAGUCCUGUUUGAAGACACCUCCUAUGCAGAUGGCUACUCCCCUCCUCUCAACGUGGCCCAGAGGUACGUGGUGGCUUGUAAGGAGCCCAAGAAAAAGUGAAGCUGGGGGCAGGCUAGAGU